GGGUGACCCAAAUAAAGCCUAUGUCCUUAUAAGGCCUAUUUUUUAAAUUUCCCGCUUCUCGAUUUCAAAUGGCCGCUAAUGUUUGUAGAAGUGUGCGUGUACAUUAACUAACGCACACACGCACAGUAAGCAGCCCGUGCCGCGAACAUGUUAGAACCUGCAGUCGAAAACAAUCACGACGCGAAGCGCACGCUUGUUUUUAUAAAAUUCUGGCAGAAUAAACAUAACAUCAUGGAAAGCGGAUCACCAGCUUCUACCACAAGGAAAAGAAGGGCUCAAUGGAUUUCGCAACAGAUGGAAAACGCUGUAAAAAUGGUAGAAAGGGGAAUAUUAUCUACAUAUGCUGCUGCAGCCAGAUAUAAUAUCCCAAGAAGAACCCUACGCAACCAUCUAAAGAGUGGUUCGACUACACGAAAGCUAGGUCGGUCGGCUAUAUUGACUACAGAACAUGAAGCUGGACUUGUCAGAAGAAUCAUACGUUUGGCUGAUGUUGGAGUGCCGAUGACUUCAAAAAUGUUGCGCAUACAGGCUUUUUCAUUCUGUAAAAUUAAGAAAAUUCCUAACACUUUUAAUGAUGCUAAAAAUGCUGCGGGGAAGAAAUGGUUGAGGUUAUUUCUCAAACGACACCCUGAGUUAGCACGUCGUAAAGCACAGAUGAUGAAUCCAGCUCGUGCUCAAAAAUUAAAUAAAGAUAUUGUUGGCGAUCACUUUUCCAAAUACAAAAGCGUGCUAGAUAGACUGGGAAUUGAACAUAAACCUGAAAGCAUUUACAACAUCGAUGAAAAAAAUUGCCGCAUAUCUUUGCACCAUCAGCAGGAAGUUCUGACAGCCAGAGGGAGAAAGAGGGUUCAUCAAAUAGCGAAUGAGCAUGCUGAAAGUGUGACUGUGGUAGGCUGCGGAAACGCUAUAGGAUCAGCUAUUCCGCCAAUGAUACUGUUUAAAGGCAAGAGAUUAAAGCCGGAAUUCCAAGAUAAUUUACCUCCAGGCUCUCUGGUGAAGAUGACGCCAAAAGGAAGUAUGACGACAGAGACUUUCAUAGAGUUUAUAAAUCAUUUGAAUAAAUACAGAACAUCAGGGCCAUGUCUCCUCAUAUUUGAUGGUGCAAAAUGCCACCUGGACUUUACUAUUGUCGAGGAAGCUGAGAAAUGUGGCAUUACUUUAUAUUGUCUUCCGUCAAAUACGACGCAUGAAUUACAGCCCAUGGAUAAAUCUGUUUAUCGUUCUUUUGAGCAUCAUUGGGACCAAGAGUUGAUUAAAUACGUCAGUCAGCAUCCCGAACGAUCCCUUAACAAGACUAGCUUCAAUGUAAUUCUGUCACAGGUAUGGCCGAAAUAUAUGACAAUUUCUAAUAUCACGAAUGGGUUUCGCGCUACAGGGUUGUAUCCAUAUAACCCAGAUGCUAUUUCUGAAGAGGCGUUUGCGCCCUCUGCGUUGUCAGAACUCCCAGUUCCUUCAAACAGGGAGAAUAUUGCUGUCUUCUCUGAUGCAUUGAGGGAACAGGCGACUUCAACUGGAAAUGUGGAAGAUUCAGAUGGGUCAGGCACAGACACUGAGAAUUUGCCACUGUCCUUGCUCUCAAAAAACAAAUCUCCGAAUUCUGGAACUCCAAAUAAGAUAAACAAACAGUCAACCACGUGUGAGGUUCAUGAUUUUUUACCCACACCUAAAUUUAAAGUUAAACCGACUUUGCCACGAAAGAAGUCUUUAAAUUACAGGGCUCAAGAAGUAACAAAAGAUUUGUUUGGUGACAAUGCUACGAAUUCCACAUCACAAAUUACUGUACCAUCGUCAAGAAAAGAAGAUGUUCCUGGUACUUCUUCCAUGAUGAAGAUAAACACAAAGUCACCAAAAGUAGCAGUUACUGGCUGUACAUCUGCACAACCUGCAGUGACUGCUACGCGACACCGAACCUCAGUAAAGACUGUUUCUUUGAUCGCAGAUAAGCUUACGGGAUCUAAACCAAAACGUCGCGAUAACAAAUCUUCUUCAUCAUCUUGGUACUGUCCAGCUUGUAAUGAAGAUAGAGUUGAUGAUAUGCGACAAUGUCUUACUUGUGACGUUUGGUAUCAUGAGCUGUGUGUUGGACUCACACCCGCUGAGAAAAUAUUUUACUGUUCAGGAGAUUGUUUAAAAAAAAAGAUGAAAAAGGCUGAUUAAUAUACAUAGAGAAAUUCGUGAAGUCUGAUCUAGAUUGACCAAAUAUGAUUAAGAGGAUCUCAUUACAUUUAAUAUAAGUAUUGAAAACUUUUUGUAUUAAUCAAGAAGUUGAAUGCUUACUUGUUUUUAUUAAGGCUUUAUUAAGACACAGGGUUCCCAAUAAGGCCAAAGUGACAUUUUUGUUAUUUGUGUUCACAGAAGUGUGAUUUUUGUUUCUAAAGCAAUUUUGUUUCAUUUAUUACAAAGUUUAAUAAAUAUAUAUAAGUAUUUCAAAUUAACAGUGCAUUUUUAUUAUAAA